GAAGGAGAAUACCAUAGCGGGUCAGAUUAGAGGAAAACUCGCUGUUACUUGCAACACUUUCUCUAAUCUCGUUUCGGAAGAGAUCCAAAUCAAAGAGAAAUAGAGCAAAAAAAAAAGAUAAAUUUGGCAUUCUUCUUCUCAUUUCUACCCACUAGCUUUAGCUUUCUCCGUUCUUGAUCACGCGCGAAAGAAAGGGGGGGAAAUUUAAGGGAAAAGGACGUGAUUAGCGAGGAUGGUGGCGAUCGAGAACCAUAGCCAGGGCCAGCGGGCGGCGGAGGCUGCGCAGCCACGGAUCCCCAAGGAGGCGCGGCGGCUGCUGCACGAGAUAGCGGCGUCGUGGGCGGACGUUACCGACUGCAGGGCGCUGCAGGUGAUUCCGCUCAAGGGCGCCAUGACCAACGAGGUUUACCAGGUGCGCUGGCUCAACGGCGCCGACGGCGAGGCGAAGCCGGCCAGGGAGAGGGAUGUGAGGAAGGUGCUCGUGCGGAUAUACGGCGACGGCGUGGAGCUCUUCUUCGACCGCGAGGACGAGGUCCGCACCUUCGAGUGCAUGUCCCGCCACGGCCAGGGCCCCCGCCUCCUCGGCCGGUUCCCCAACGGCCGCGUCGAGGAGUUCAUCCACGCAAGGACGCUUUCUGCACCCGACCUUCGUGAUCCUGAAAUUUCAGCUCUGGUGGCUUCAAAACUGAGGGAAUUCCACAACCUUGACAUGCCUGGCCCAAAGUCUGUGCUCAUUUGGGACCGACUGAAGAACUGGCUCAAAACUGCGAGAAACCUGUGUUCAUCUGAUGAAUCCAAAGAAUUCCGCCUGGGUAGCCUGGAGAACGAGAUUGCUGCAUUGGAGAAAGAAUUUUCAGGGGAUUACUAUGGGAUUGGUUUUUGCCACAAUGAUCUUCAGUAUGGCAAUAUCAUGAUUGAUGAAGAGACCAACAUGUUGACUAUCAUUGAUUAUGAGUAUGCCAGCUUCAAUCCAGUUGCGUAUGACAUCGCAAAUCAUUUCUGCGAGAUGGCAGCAGACUACCAUUCAGAGAAGCCACAUAUACUGGACUACAGUAAAUAUCCAGACACUGGCGAACAGAAGCGUUUUGUGAAGACGUACCUAAGCAAUUCUGUAGGUGACGAACCUGAUGCCGAAGAGGUGGAGAAUCUGCUGCAAAGCAUUGAGAAAUACACGCUUGCCAGUCAUCUAGUUUGGGGCCUCUGGGGCAUAAUAUCGGAUCAUGUCAACGAUAUAGACUUCGACUAUAAGGAGUAUGCAAGGCAGAGAUUCGAGCAGUACUGGCAGAAGAAGCAGGCACUUUUAACUUCUUGAAAUGCUGAAUAUGAUCCGCGGCGUCAGGUGGUACCUGAAGGCCUGUGCUGCACAUAGCUUGUGCAACGUUACUGACACAUAACUCCCUGAAAGUUUGUGAAAAGAAGACGACGGCAACUAGAAGAAACCCGUUUCGGGGUCAGGAGUUCUCAUCCCGAAAUUUCAUAAGGUUCAGCUUCAGGAGGAAGCUAUGGGUUUUGGUUGCUUUGUUUAUAGUCUGAAAGGCAGCGAAGAAAAGGCCCCUGGUUGCUUGUUGUUUGUUCGACCAGCUAGACACCGGUGUGGUGCUAAUGCUGCUGAGUUUCAAGCUUAUGUAUACCUAAAUAUGUUAUAUAAUGGAUAUUACUUUCGUCGAGAGAGUGACUCCAUUGAGUCUAUUGUACCA